AACAACUUUUGGUUAUUAUUACUUUUAGUUGGGUCAAUUCUUCCAUGAUAUUUAUUUAGUUGUAUAAAUAGACAAAGUAAUACUGGAUUGUGCUGGACGUUUCCGAGAAGUCCUGUAGUAACUUAAAUAGAAGAAAAUAGCUCACCUAGAAAUUAAAACGAAAUAAAGGUUAUAAAUUGGAAAUGCCUCAAAAAAUCCAAAUUCGUCUUGCAUCAGAGCGCGUAAAUGCAUCUGUCGCUAUAAAUCAAAGAUAUCCUAAAAUAUUCACUCCCGGUGAAGUAAUUACAGUUCAAAAUGAAAGAGAAUUUAUGAGAGGACAUGGUACGUACGAGGAAGUCGGUGAACUUAAAGCAUCAGUGGCUGGUGUAAAAGAACAGGUUAAUAAUCUAGUAUCUAUAAGACCUCUUAAAAGUAGGUACAAUGGAGAAAUUGGUGAUGUUAUCGUUGGGAGGAUUACAGAAGUACAACAAAAAAGAUGGAAAGUUGAUACUAAUUCUAGGUUAGAUUCAGCUCUGCUAUUAUCUUCGGUAAAUUUACCAGGAGGCGAAUUGAGAAGAAGAUCUGUUGAAGAUGAACAGAUGAUGAGGCAGUUUUUACAAGAAGGUGAUCUCAUUAGUGCUGAAGUACAAAACGUAUUCUCUGACGGAGCGUUGUCUUUACAUACCAGGAGUUUAAAAUACGGCAAGCUUGGACAAGGGGUGCUUGUGAAAGUAUUUCCAUCACUGAUUAAGAGAAGUAAAACUCAUUUCCACAAUUUACCGGUAGGAGCCAGUAUUAUAUUAGGUAAUAAUGGAUUUAUAUGGAUUUGUCCCACAUUGGUUAACAGUGAGGAAAGUGUCGGUGGAUUUAUACAGAAUUUAGAAGAGGUGAUUUCCAGACAAGAACGUGAGACCAUAGCGAGAUUGCGGAAUUGCAUAUUGGCUUUAACUCAAAGUAAAAUGAUGUUAUAUGAUACCAGCAUAUUGUACGCUUACGAAGAGUCGUUAAAAUAUUCAGUGGUUGAGCUUUUGGUACCGGAAGCGAUGGCAGACGUCGCCAUUUUAACCCAACAACGGUUAACCAUGUUAGACAACGUUUAGGGGUAAAUAUAUUCUUCAAAAAUUAAAAAAUCAUCAUACAGAGUGUUUCUAAGUGAAAUCUAGGUUUUGAAUUGAAGGAAUUAAAUUUUUGUCUUUUUAAUUUCGUUAUUUGUUAGUGAGACGGUAGGAAAUAGUAACCCGGUGCUAAAUCCUGAUAAUAGCAGGGCGUUAGUCGUUUUGGAUACAAAAAUUUUCUUUUUUUUGCGUUUUUUGAUUUUACGGAUAAUUACAUUUUACAAAUUAAAUUUUUUUGUAUCGAAAUAUUAAUUAAAUUCCAGCAAGUCGUAUCACAACGAAAAUCGGCCCUAUUAUGCCCAAGGAGGUUUCCCAAAACUCCCCCAAAAAAUAAAUCGUGAAAUAAUUUUGAUUUUUUUCUAUAUUUUAAGGUAAAAACUGUUAAAAAAAAUUUUAUUUUACUAUUAGAAAUUUCAAUUAGUUGCUAUAGUGAAAAUAUUCGAUUUAAUGUUACGGGGGGACGUCGAAAAGUAUCUUUUUGUUUCAUUAAAUACGUUUUAUUUUAAAAUUCGAAAUCGAGAUAAAAUAAACAAUAUUUGGAAUAAAAAAAUCAAAUGAAAUAUCGAAAAAAAAUUUAUUCGAUAAAAUAAAUUACAUAAAAAUGUUUGAUAAGCGAUAAAAUUUCUUUAACGGUUACUAAUAUCACAGAUAUUUGAAAUUUGCAAUUUUAGUAGUUUUUUUUUGGUUUAUACAUAAUUUAAUCCAAUUUGUUUUUUUUGCCGAAUAUUUUCAUUAGAUUUCGAGACAUGUAGUAAGGCUUUUCGGCAGAUCCGUCAUUCCUUUCGCAGUCCUCCACUAAAAAAUUACCGAUAUAGAAUAAAAUGACCGGAAAACGAUGAAAAAUCGCUAAAAACAGUGAAAAUGACUUUGUGGGGGUGAGAUCUUCGAAUAAUUACGUUAUAUAAACAAAAAUCUCAAUAUUACCGCCAACAAAAUGAUAUAAAAACAUUGAAAACUUACCAAUACCACCUAAAAUUAUCAUCGAUCAUCAUAUACUUACAAAAACAUAAAAAUAAAGUAUCCACCGCCAUAGAAUAGACGCUGAAGAACAACGACGCUAUCAAAUAAGUGCAAAUCAUUAUUAAAACGACCGGUACUAUCUUAUAAUUCAAAUCAGAGUUAUCGAUAAAUGAUGUCGGAAGCAAUUCGGAAGCGAAGAAUAUGUAAGACACUCCGCCGACAGCUAAAGUCAGUAACACCUUACUGAGGAAGAAAAGGAAAUCAGUAACCUGAAAAAUAUUUUAAAAAAACACAUUUUAUACGAUACGGAACGAGAUUAUUCACUUUUGUUGGUUUUCGAAAACGGUAUUUACCUUAUCCAGUACCCAGACGCGAAGUAUAUUCCUCAUAAGUAACAUGAAAGCGUUUUUGGCACUAACGCAGAAAUUUUUACCGUGAAUGGCGCACAUGAUGUAAGCGUUCUUAUUUAAAAAUUUCAGGAACUUUUCCAAACAAUAAAAGAAGCAUUUCAACAAACACAUAACGGCUUUGGUGAAAGCGUUAUCGUAUUUCUUCAAUUUGUGAUCCAAAUAUUCCAAAGCGACCCUUAUCAUUCUACAUAUCGCCAAUAUUAAUGAUCCGAAAGCCAAUGUACCGAUAUGAUACCUGAAAUAAUUCGAUUAAUAAAUAAAUUGUUCGAA